CUAAACCCCUUCCGAUUCAUUUCAAACUUCAUCUUCCAUUUCAAUCGGAGGGUCAGAGGUCUCGACGGGAAUCAAAAACCUCAGCCAUGAUCCGAUUCACAAGAACGAAACCUAUACUCGACUCGCUAAGCCACGACCUUCUCCAGAAAUGCCACGCGAGCGGAACCCCCAAGGGAAAGUCCAAGCUGAAGACAAUCCAAGCCCUGAAGCGCCACAAAGCCACCACCACCAAAAGAGGCGGAGGAGGAGAGGAAGCCGGUAAGGGGAAAGGAGCAACGAUCACCGAUCACUGCAUAAACCCUCCUCACCCGUUUCGUUACCUCAGACCCAAGGACCGAGACCGAGAGGCACAGCGCGAGAAGCUCGGCCUGAUCAGCAAGGCGAGGCAGCGAGAGAUCGACAUCCAGAAAAAGCUCGGACCUUUCACCCCGGCCAGGGUCACCGACGAGCCGAUCAGGAUCGGGGUCGCGGGGUUGGAUUACGUCGCGCUGGGGAUUUUCACGGAGGACGAGUUGCCCAAGUAUAAGGUGACGGUGGAGGACGGGAAGAGGCUGGCGAAGGAGUAUAGCAGAGUGCUUAUGAAGGAGCAUAGGGAGAAGCGUGCGGCGGAGAUUGGUCUGGUGAAGAUGAGGAAAGCUGCGUUGGAGGCGUUGCCGGAGAAGCUGAAGAAGGCGGCUUUGGAGCGUGAUACGACGACACCGUUUCCGGUGAUUCGGGGAGCGGCUACGGUGUUGCCUCCUGUUGAAGGGUAUCUGGAGAGGAUCAUGAAUGCUGCUAAUAAGAAGAGUUCGAGUAAAGAGAAGCUGAGAUGAUCUUAAUGAGCUUCUUACCCCGUAGAGUGCAAUGGCAAGAGUCCUAGAGCUUCAAGACAACGAUUCUCCAAGGAGCAUCAUAGUUUGAAAGCUGAUGUAAAGACUAGUCUACCUAAUGGCUAAAAUUUAUCUUUUGGCAUCUCUUCUAUUAUUUUUUUCACUAAGUCUAUUUGGUAAACCAAUCAAGUUUGUGUAUCUCUCGGUUCUUAUAAGGCCGUGAAUCGAAACGAGAAUCAUUCUCAUAAUUCCUUUAUUUACCAAACCGAAAA